AUGAAUGGUAUUAUAGAUCCUGCAGUAUCAUAUCAAUAUCAAUAUCAAUAUCAACAGGAUCAACAAAAGCAAUUACACCAACAACAUCUACAACAACGUCUGAACCAGCACCAACAAACAGAUAAUAAUCUAUUACACACUCAACCUCAACAGUAUAGAAGUAUAAAUCCAAUCAACAAUACACCCAAUAGACAAUCUCCGCUACAUCCUUCAUCUAAAUUAUAUUCUCAACCACAACAAAGUUUCAAUUCAGAGUGGUUAGACGAUUCAUUAUCUCCAAAUAAUUCCCCUUCAAAACUAACAAGAAUACUAGAAGCAGAAUAUAAUAACUCUAACAAAAUGUCUGCAACUAUCACAACUACUCAACCAUCUAAAUAUGAAACUCCUUCAAAACCUCAUCAUCAUCAUCAUCAAUUCACUUAUAUAACCCCGCUUUCACAACAGAAAAAUGAUGCUCAUGAAGAGACUGCUUCAAUUAAUUCAUCUUCAUCACAACUGAUAACACCUACAAAAAUACCAUCAAUAAGUAAUUGGACUAUAUUUUGGUCUAUUCUAAACGAUCUUGUCGGGAAAGAUAAACUUGCCAAAGUGAGUCAAUAUACUUUGAGAUUAUUGGUAUAUCAUGCAAAUAAAUCACAAUCUUAUUUAUCAGAUGAACAUAUAAAUAUUAAACUUAUUAACACCAGAUAUAAUGAUAAUGAAAAGAAAUUGGAACUAAUCAAGAAUUUUUUAAAACAUCCAAGUGAUUUUAUUAAAAUUAUAACCAUUUUGGUAUUGUCUUUAUUUAGACAAAAAGCUGCCGGUAUGAUAACUGGUUUAUCAAUGUAUCGUCAAUUUUUAAGAUUUGGUAAAACUCCAUUUAGAAUCAGAGAUUUAAUUGUUAAAUUUAAACAAAAUAUCACUUUGAAAAAUAAUAAACUUGAAAUUAAUGAAGCUAAUUUAUUUAAUAGAAAAACAUUGGGUCAAUUUUUUUCAUUGUAUUAUGGUAUUAAUGAUGAAUCACUUUUAUUAUAUAAAUUAAAUGUAUUAACUGAUCCAACUUAUAAGAAAUUCACCGGAAGACAUGAAAGUUAUGGUUGGUAUUGUGAAACUUGGUUGGCUCUAUAUAAUGCUUAUGAAAAUUUACAAAAUUUGAUUCAACAAGAAAUGGAUCUUAAAAUACAAAUACAAGUGAAAAAUAAAGCUAAACAGAUUUCAAAACAAUUAUUAGGUGGAGGUGGAAAUAUGAUGAGUUAUUCAAGUUCUAGUUCUACUAAUAACACAGAAGAUGCAAAAUUAUUAGACGAAAUACAGUUUAAAAAGAAUAAUGCUUGGAUUGAUAUCUAUAAAAACUUAUCUGAUUUAGCAUUCAACACUUAUACUGUUUUCCAAAUAAAAUUACCAUUUGACACAUGGCAAAUUUGGAUGGGUAUAAGUGCAUCUGUAUUGAGUACAAUCAAGUUGUAUAGAGAAACCAAGAGAACUAUGAUUGAAAAAGAAAUGGCCAAAUUAAAAUCCGAAUAG